CCAAACAUAACUGCUGCAAACCUUCCCUCUGGCAGCAUGUGUGAAACUGCUUCAACAUCUUGAAACUUGAAAACGCGGUGACGACUUCCACCAGAAACAAUGAACCGUGAAGCUCGUUCAGGAACACGCGCGCACAAAAACCGUGCGAGACUCAUGGCCCACAGGCUAAAGUCCUCGCAGCCAGUGGGCAACCCCAUCAUAGCUCACCUGGUUUUUGUGUUGAACAUGUUGUGUUCGCACCUUCUACUUGGAGUGUCCGGAUGCUCCAGUGCAAGAACAAUUGCGGACGGGUGGACUUUGGUGGUCAUAGGUGGGGAUGUUUUCUGCGCCAGCAUAUUGACCCGCCGAUUUUGUAAGUUGCUGCGAAUGUAACAGUGAAUGCACCUCGUGCUAUUUGUUGAGCAGCUCUCAGAGUUGGCAAUGUGCCAGGUUCACAGCGUUUUGGUAGGUGCAGUAGGUAGUUGGACCUGCGGGUUUAUUCCAUAUACCUCCGGCAUCGGGCUGGUUGCCCGUGUGUGAUUUGUUCCUCAAUUGGACUGGCAUUGGUGUUGGGUGAGUACGUGAGUGCCAGUGUGCGUAUAUGACCGCCAGAGUGCUGAAAUGGCAAGCAGCAGGACGUUUGCCAAAUAACGAACGACCAAACAGCCUGUUUGCCAGAGUUUUUGUUUCCGGCAACAAUUGCAAUGUCUGAACUCUAGGCUUCGUGGGCUUGCGGGCCUUGGUUUUUUGCAUUUCUCGCCACUCCUGGUAUUGCAAGGCCGCCUCGGGCCUUUUCGAGAACCACGGAUCACAGCUGCAGUCAAGGUCGUUUUGGCUGAAGCGAAAAACUCGCAAAAAGGAAUGCUCGUGCAGUUUGCUUGGCUUUGUUCAAGCCCACAUGAUGGCUGCGAGCCAGAAGGGGACAAGAGUGCCCGGCAAGAGGACCAGCUGAAGAGUAAAGUUCAAAAGAUGCUGCGCGAAAAACAUCGGAGGCUGGUUUCGUUCGAAUCGGAUUUUCUUGCGGCAAUCGAUGUUCGGACUGACAGCUCGGUUGUUGGAUUCUUCAGUGUCAAUGAAGGAGGAAAGAGAGAACAAGAUGGCCGCAGGAGAGAAAUAGGAGAGAGAUACAGUAGGGAGAGAGAGAGAGAGAGAGACAGGGAGAGGGAGAGGGAGAGGGGGAGAGGGAGAGAGAGAGAGAGAGAUAAGAUGCGAUGAGAUGAGAUAAGAUAAGAUUGCAUCAUAUGUAAGAUAAGGCGAUAAGGCUACGCUUGGAUAAGACUAUGAUUGACAUUAGAGUACAGCAGAAUCGAGAAGAUCUGCUGUUUCCUAUAUGUAGUAUAAAGGGCCAUCUGGCCGUAUGGUGCCUUUGCCGAUCGGCUGGUGAAAUCAAACAUGCUUGUUGCUCUCUAUGGAUAUCUAUGGAAUCGGAGCGCUCCCAGCUGCCCGUUCCGUAAGGCAAGAGUCCACUUGCUUUUGCUCUGGAGCUGGGCUUUGUUUGGAACAGAGCACUGCGGAUGGCGGCACAGUGGUCAUGGUGGCACUCAGGGAGUCCGCCAUCAACAUCCCACAAAACAAUCAACCGUUGAUAGCAUCCUUUACUUUGGCCUUAACUUGUUUGGAUAGAUGUCCGUUCAACAGUUCAAUCGACGGGAGUAUACACCUGAUCGCAGGGGGGAAGAGGCUAGGCAGAGGCAGAGGCAGAGGCGGAGACAGAGACAGAGACAGAGGCAGGCAGGCAGGCAGUUAGGCAGGCAGGCAGUUAGCCAGGCAGACAGAUGGACGGAGCAUCGAUGCGCUGCAAUGUCCAGGCGCAGCUGAGCGAUUUCAUCAAGAAAUGACUGCUCGUGAGAGGGCGCAGAACCUUGUCGCCAUGUCUGGUUUCCCAAUGCCUUUCUUGCCAUGAAAGAUCAUAAAAGACCGGGCUGCUCGUCUGUGAUGGCCAACAGCUUUGAUCGAUUGCUUUUGUAAAGUCGACAUCGGAACGAUGUCCUUCAAAGUUGGCAUCAUCUCUUCCACGUGCGUGAGCACUUAGAGCUAGAACUGCCAAUGCACAGUUUCCGGUUGUGCCUCUGUACAGCAGCAACUUAAAGUUGUAACAACCUCCGGCAGCGAACCUAGGAGCAAGGACGCUACUAGGGGCUCCUGGCCUUACUACUAGUAUAUACGUAACAAUAGAGCUACUAGGGGCUCCUGGCACCGC